GAUUGGUGGCCCAGGAGUCCACCGUUUCAAGCCGGAGUCCGAUUGGAGACCAUCAUGGAAUUUCUUCCAGUUGAUCGCCUUUAGAGGAGCCACGUCGACAACGAUCAUGAUCAAACCCGACUGGGAUGAUGAGCAGCUAUUACGCGAGCUUUAUAGGACGUACAAUAAAUUGCGGUCUUGGAGGCGAUUAUUCUCCCUGAAAACGUUUAGCUCUAUGGUUCACGUUUGGGCGGAUGUAAACUACAUAUACCCACAGUUCUCAAGAUCUUCCCCGGAAAAUGCGUCUUCUUCAUUUAAGUCCAUGCGAAUUCGUUACUAUUUCCGACAUCCCAAGGCACAGAGCGGCAAGACAGAGUUCAUGCAGUAUUUGACCAGGGACCGGCGGUUUGGAGUUAUGUACCUAGAAAGGUGGGAUCCAUAUAGGAUCACCUUUUUGAUUUCAGGUCCUGUUAUGGCGACCCUGGUGUUCUCAAUUCUGUGGGCGUACUUCAUGAAUAACAUCUCCGACGCCUUCACGAUCGGCAGUUAUAUGGUCACGGCUUACUCGACAUUCCUAGUGCUCAUCGGAAUCUUGAACUGGGUUGAGUUCUGAAGGACUUAGAGUGACGGUGUCCACGUGCACCGCUGUUCCUGGAGCUUGACGAAAAUUGAAGGUUGUAUGUCGGUUGCUAUCCCAGAGGUUUCGAGCGAUCAAUUGCUGUCUGGCCCGACCAUGGAGAAUCGUCCAUGUGAUCUGACGAUAGCCCCCAUGUAGAAUACGUGAUUUGGUUACGACAUGCGAAUGGAUUGUGGUUGACAUCA